AUGGCAGUAUUAAGACGUCGACCAACAAGAAAUUCUCUAUCAACCUUAAGAAACAUUUCAGCAGAGAUAAUACUAAAAGCGCAAAUAUAUCACCCAGUUUACUUAGUUAUAUACAUUGAUGUAGAAAAGAAUAAUAUUGUCGUAGUUAGAAGUCUCGAUGAUGAUGAAACUAAUCAAACGUUUCUAGACGCUAUCCAACCAUAUCACCCAAUUAUGCAUUAUUACGAAGAGCCAAAACGACGACCUCCUGGUUCUCCUAAUUCGACCCACACUAAACCUCCUGAGCAUAAUACUUUUCUUUAUGCACCGUGGGAAACCGUACCAUCACUCGGGAGAAAAAUUGGACCAAUGGUAAUUUAUAAUGAAUCAGUAGAUGACUUUGGCUUAAUCAGAAUAACAAAUGAAGAGCUUAAACCAACAAGGAAUAUAAGGAAUACAGAAGAUGAAGAAUUUAAAGAACUAUUUAUAAGGGAUGUUGAACCUUU